AAACACAACAACAGUUGAUAUUUAGACGUAUAAAUAAACGGUACGUACGACGGCGGUACGUUAAAAAAUUCGAAAUAUUCAAACAAAGCGCGCUCAAAUAAGUCACUGAAUUUUUAUUAAAUAAAAUAUUUAAAGUGACUUUUUUAAACGAAAAAAAAUAUAUAUAAAAAUAAAAAAAUAAGCAGUGAAACGUUCUAAUAAAAUUCAAAAAAAAACAUGAAACUUUUCCUUUUAAGUGCUUUUUUAGCACUUCUUUCGCUGGAGGUUGGGGCUCAGGAUGACUAUUGCUUUGGCAAAGACACCGAACGUACACAGACACGUCAUUUUACCUCUAAAACGGCUUAUCAAAUAAUUAAGGGCACAAAUAUGGAUAAACAGUAUUAUGUUAAUGGUUGUGUGGCACAAAAGAUUUGGAUCUUCCACAGGCAUGGUACGAGAUUGCCAUCGAAGAGUACCAUUGAUAAGGCAGCGCAUUUGGAACAGUUACGCGAUUCAAUUUAUAAUAAUUAUAAAGUUUUAAAAACUGCUCCCGAUACGAAUGGCUUGUGCCAGGAGGAUUUAAUAGCAUUAAAAAUGUGGAAAUGGAACUCUAGUAUAACUAGUGAUAUGGAAAAUUAUUUAACAAGUCAGGGUUAUGAAGAUCUUCGUGGCACCGCUAAAACCUAUCAAAAAUACUAUCCCGAUGUAUUAACUAAACAAUAUAAUAACGCACACUAUUUGUUCCGUCACACUGAUACUCAACGCACUACUGAAAGUUUUAAGGCCUUUAGUGAAGGUCUAUUUGGGGCUGGUAAUGCAGCAGUAGCUGAAGAAAUUCCCGAAAAAGAUUUACUUUUACGUCCCUAUGAUUAUUGUGAAUCAUGGAAGGGACAAAAUUAUAAAGAUGCAGAUUCAGAAUCAUAUAGAUUUCGUAAUUCAGAUAUAUGGAAUAAAACUAUAGCUGAUAUAUCAAAACGUUUGGGAUUCCAAUACACUUUGGAAACUUCGGAUGUGGAAUUAAUGUAUGAUAUCUGUCGUUACGAGCAGGCUUGGCAAGUGGAUCGUACUAGUGUUUGGUGUGCGGCCUUUUUACCCGAACAAGUUACCGUUUUAGAAUAUGAAGAUGAUAUGAAAUAUUUCUAUAAAUCCGGCUAUGGUUAUGAAGCCAAUACCCGCCUCAAUUGUCGUGCCGUACAAGAUAUGGCCCAUCAUUUGGGCAGCUCUGAAUCACCAAAUGUUGUUGUUUAUUUUGGACACUCGACCGGUGUACAAACUCUUAUCUCUGCUCUGGGCAUCAAUAAAGAUCAAAUGUCUCUAUUGGCCAGUAAUUAUGAUAGCAUGUCUCAACGCAAAUGGAAAACCUCUAACAUUGAUCCUUUUGCUGCCAAUUUCCUGGCUGUGAAAUAUCAAUGUGAUGCCGAACCUGUCGAAAAAGAAAAGGUGGUAUUCUUCCUCAAUCAAAAUGCUGUCGAUUUGGAUUGGUGUCAAGUGGGUCUGUGCAAUUGGUCGGAGGUUAAGAAACGUUAUAGUACAAUAUUGAAUGCUGAAUGCGAUUCGUACUAUUGUGGUGAUGGUGCUGCCACAAUAAGCAUUUCUUUGGUUUCCCUUUUAAUGGCUGCCAUUGUUUACUUAAUUAAUUCUAUGUAAAUUUUUUUAAAAACCUCUUCUUACUAAACUGUUUAAUAACUGCUUUAAUUUAUGUCUAGUUAAAAGAACUAAAGUAAUGUUUAAUUGUGUAUUAGUUUAAUUUUAUUUUAUAUUCUUGUAUUUUUUAUAUGCAUGUUUUGCAUAAAAGAAAUUUUAAAAUAUUUAAAAAAAAAAGUUUAUAAUUGUAAAGUUAAAU